AUGGAAUACUGUUACAAGAAUUUAGUACCUAGGAAUGAAUGGGCGCUCGUGAUUGCUAGCGGCUACGACGCGGGACGUACGUGCAGGCGACUGUCGCGAGCUAACGGCCAGCGCGACGCGGCGGUCGUCGGCCGACUAAAACUCGAAUGGGGGGAACGGUGGCGCGCGACCGCGCCGCGUCGCUCGCCGUGCCAAAUAGUCUUUUCUCCCGCGCAAACAGACUCCGCGGGCAGUGGUACGAGUGGUGAUCCAAAAGUGGCGAUUUCAGGAAGGUACAAUCAUUUGAAUGCAAACCAUCGAAGAGAAAACAUGAAAAAGGAGAUAAACGAUAUUAGAGCUGUCAAUAAGUAUCUCUGUUUAUGUACGAAAGACGAUUUGCUGACGAUAUUAGGAAGAAGAAGAAAAGAAAUUAGGGGACUCUGCUCCUCGAUAUUCCACCGCACGGAUCCAAAGAGGAAGGAAGAA